CCUUAUUUCACCUCAAAGACCUCAGAGUUUGUCCCAGCUCACCAGUUCAAUGUCGCCUCUCCCAAGUACAAUGGACACAGCACGUGUCUACCUCAGUUUAAAGCCAUCCAAGACUGCCGCGGGGGCUCAGUGUGUAUCACCUCCAUCUCUUCCCCCAGAUGCCUGUCGGUGCCCACGUUCACACAGGUUGGCUUUGAAGCUCAGCUGCGCUGGGCUGAUCCUUCUUGUCUUGGCCCUGGUUGGGAUGAGUAUUUUAGUGCGAGUCUUAGUUCAAAAACCAUCAGUGGAGCCAUGCCGAGUGCUUAUUCAAGAGAACCUGAGUAAAACAGGUAGUCCAGCUAAGUUAAAGUGCCCAAAAGACUGGCUUUCACACCGAGAUAAAUGCUUUCAUGUUUCUCAAACUUCCAUCACUUGGAAGGAAAGUCUAGCUGACUGUGGUGGAAAAGGAGCCACGUUGCUGCUCGUUCAAGACCAAGAAGAACUGAGAUUCCUACGGAACUUGACAAAGAGAAUAAGCAGCUCAUUCUGGAUUGGAUUAAGUUACACAUUGUCAGACGAGAACUGGAAGUGGAUAAACGGCUCGACUUUAAAUUCUGAUGUAUCAGCACGAAGGAAAUUAUCCUGAGAGCUGAAGAAAGAUCCAGAAGGGUGGAAGAGAGAAAAGAGGGAGAAUCAUGGCUGGAGUAGCAUGCAGAUCACCAGGAUGACCCCAGAUUGUCUCUCAAGAUCAAUGGCUCCAUGAGGAUCUAAACAAAGGAAGGACACCGUGAGAGAGCCCCGCCCACGGUCAUAUGCCACCUUCUUUUAAGAUCCAGCAGUGCAUUUAGAACUCAUCUCUCCCUUACAAUCAACCCUGAGAUUGAAUUCUAGUUGGGUUUUCACCAGCAUGGAGCGAUGGGAGCCAUGCACAUUUGAAACUUAUGUGUUAAUUAAAUGCUUACCAACCUAAGAAAGGAAUUGUGACUGUAUAUCACGUGAGCUGAGCCUGUUUCCCCCUCUGCCUCCAGUUCUGUGAUCUAGACCCUGAUCUCACUCUGUAUAUUGAAUACAUUCAUUGUGCCCCUACUGUGUGUAACUGUUGUCAUGCAUUCAUGGUUAUCUUAACACUUCCCCAACUAUUAGCUAGUUAAACCACAUACACGCGCGCGCGCGUGUGUGUGUGUGUGUGUGUGUGUGUGUGUGUGUGUGUGUGUGAAUUUAUGCUUCUCUGAUAUUAAUCUAUUUUUAGAGAUCUAUUUUGUUUUAUGUAUAUGAGUGUCCUGGUGUCCACAGAAGCCAGAAGAGGGUAUCAGAUCCCUUGGGACUGGAGUUCCAGACACUGUGAGCAACCAUGUGGGUUCUGGGAACUGAACUCAGAUCCUGUCCAAGAGCAGCCAGUGUUCUCAACCACUGAGCAAUCUCUCCAGCCCCUGACCCUGUAUAUUAAACAAACCUGAAGGCAACAACAUGAGGCAUUUCACAUGUGUUAGAGUGUAAAUCGAUGAGGUAGAAUAAAGAAACUAAUUAUCUCUUCCUCAGCCUUCUCCUUUUCCUACAAGAUUAUUGCUGGAAGGAUUCUUUGCCAAUGAAGAAACAACAAGUUUUAGAGGUUUCUAUCAGCUCUGUCUUCAAUGUUUACAAUAUGAUGUUGUGUUUACUCUACUGUGAUAACUGUGCAUUCUCCUCUCUCCUUUUAAGUCCAAAGGAAAUCAACUGCAGACAGGAUAAUACUAGAAAGUCCUAAACACUAAGGGUGGCCAUUCUCUUCCU